GAUUUCCGUGCGUCACAUUCAUGCGCCAUAAGUAAUCUUGAACGCGGUGACGAAUUUCACUUUUUAAGCUUCUUAUAAGUUUUAUGUUGUCAAUUCCGCGCCUAAUUAUAUUUCCUUUGACUAUAACAUACUAAUACUACACUAAAUUAUCGCUACAUUAUUAAAAACUAGAAAAGACUGUCCUUUCAAGACCAAAAAACGACAUAAAAUUUUCUGUGUUGUCCAUUUCUUAUUUUCCUAAAAUUUUCUGACUUCAGUCAAAACAAUGAGUGAAUAUAGUGAUCUCGAUCGACAAAUUGAACAACUAAAGCGAUGUGAAAUUAUUAAAGAGAAUGAAGUUAAGGUAUUGUGUGCAAAAGCCCGCGAAAUACUAGUCGAAGAGGGAAAUGUUCAGCGUGUUGAUAGUCCUGUUACGGUUUGCGGUGAUAUUCAUGGGCAAUUUUACGAUCUCAAAGAACUCUUUAAAGUUGGAGGUGAUGUUCCCGAAACAAAUUAUCUUUUUAUGGGUGAUUUUGUCGACAGAGGAUAUUAUUCGGUCGAAACCUUUCUUCUCCUUUUAGCUCUGAAAGUUCGCUAUCCAGAUCGUAUCACAUUAAUUAGAGGAAAUCAUGAAUCACGACAGAUUACACAAGUUUAUGGCUUUUAUGACGAAUGUCUUCGAAAAUAUGGCUCAAUCACAGUAUGGCGCUAUUGUACUGAAGUGUUCGACUAUCUCAGCCUCUCUGCAAUUAUCGACGGAAAGAUUUUUUGUGUUCAUGGAGGUCUGAGCCCAUCAAUUCAGUAUUUAGAUCAAAUUCGUUCAAUCGAUAGGAAGCAAGAAGUUCCCCAUGACGGUCCAAUGUGUGAUUUAUUAUGGUCUGAUCCAGAAGAUACACACGGUUGGGGUGUUUCACCAAGAGGCGCUGGAUAUCUUUUUGGUUCAGAUGUUGUAGCACAAUUUAAUGCAGCAAACGAUAUUGACAUGAUUUGUCGUGCUCAUCAAUUGGUCAUGGAAGGCUACAAAUGGCAUUUCAAUGAAACUGUGUUAACGCGAAAACUAAACAGAGAAUCUUCAAUAAAAAUGCCUUUACGCUUGGACAUUAAAAGACGUCUCACGUCAAGGUCUGAUCGUGUUAAAUCAGUGGACCUACACCCAACAGAGCCAUGGAUGUUAUGUGCAUUGUACAAUGGUCAUGUUCAUGUCAUGAACUACGAAAAUCAGCAAAUGGUGAAAGAUUUCGAGGUUUGUGAUCUUCCUGUUCGAUGUGCUCGAUUUGUCCCAAGAAAAAAUUGGAUCAUCACUGGAUCCGACGACAUGCAAGUGAGAAUCUUCAAUUAUAAUACACUGGAGAAGAUCCAUUCAUUUGAAGCGCAUACAGAUUACGUUCGAUGCAUUGCCGUUCAUCCAACACAACCUUUGAUUCUCACAAGCAGUGACGAUAUGUUAAUUAAAUUGUGGAAUUGGGAUAAACUUUGGGCAUGUCAAAGAGUAUUUGAAGGACAUUCCCAUUAUGUUAUGCAAAUUGUCUUCAAUCCUAAAGACAACAACACGUUUGCAAGUGCAUCGUUAGAUCGAACAGUGAAAGUUUGGCAACUUGGAUCGAACACCGCAAAUUUCACUUUGGAAGGUCACGAAAGAGGCGUCAAUUGUGUCGAUUAUUAUCAUGGUGGUGACAAACCAUACUUAAUUUCUGGUGCUGAUGAUCGUCUUGUAAAAAUUUGGGAUUAUCAGAAUAAAACUUGCGUACAAACCCUUGACGGUCAUGCACAAAAUGUCUCAGCUGUUUCAUUCCAUCCUGAAUUGCCGAUUAUUCUCACUGGAUCGGAAGAUGGAACCGUUCGCAUUUGGCAUUCCGGAACAUGUCGUUUAGAAACGUCAUUGAAUUACGGUUUCGAAAGAGUUUGGACAAUUGCAUGCAUGCGUGGAACAAACAACGUUGCACUUGGCUACGAUGAAGGAUCGAUAAUAAUAAAAGUUGGACGUGAAGAGCCUGCAAUGUCGAUGGAUAUUAAUGGUGGAAAGAUUGUGUGGGCACGACAUUGCGAAAUGCAACAAGCAAAUUUAAAAGCCUUGCCUGAAGGAAGCAUCGUUAAAGAUGGCGAGCGACUUCCAGUUGUCGUUAAGGAUAUGGGAGCGUGUGAAAUCUUUCCACAAACAAUCGCUCAUAAUCCAAAUGGUCGUUUCGUGGUGGUUUGUGGUGAUGGAGAGUACAUAAUCUACACAUCAAUGGCACUUCGUAAUAAAGCUUUUGGUUCAGCACAAGAAUUCGUUUGGGCUUUGGACAGCAGCGAAUAUGCAAUUCGUGAAAACAGCGGGGCAGUUAAACUCUUCAGAAAUUUCAAAGAACGAAAAAGCUUUACACCUGAAUAUGGAGCUGAAGGAAUAUUCGGCGGUUAUCUUCUUGGUGUGAAAACAUCGUCGGGACUUUCAUUUUAUGAUUGGGAGAAUUUGGAACUUAUUCGACGGAUAGAAGUUCAACCACGUUAUGUUUAUUGGAAUGAAGCUGGUACACUUGUGUGCUUAGCAACAGAUGAAUCAUAUUUUAUUCUUCGAGUUGACACUGGGAUGAUUCAACAGAUUCUUGAAACAAAGGGAAAGAUUGAUGAAGAUGGAAUUGAAGCAGCGUUUGAUGUUCUUGGUGAGAUCAAUGAGACAGUCAAAACGGGAUUGUGGGUUGGUGAUUGCUUCAUAUACACAAACAGUGUCAAUCGAAUUCAAUAUUACGUUGGUGGGGAAAUUGUGACAGUUUCACAUCUCGAUCGUACGAUGUACUUGCUAGGAUAUGUUCCAAAAGAGAAUCGUUUAUAUCUCGGUGAUAAAGAACUUAACAUCACCAGUUAUUGUCUGUUGUUGUCUGUUUUGGAAUAUCAAACAGCAGUCAUGCGUCGUGAUUUCGAUAUUGCUGAUCGUGUGCUUCCCACCAUUCCAAAAGAACAUCGUACACGUGUCGCUCAUUUCUUGGAGAAACAAGGAUUUAUGAAGCAAGCACUUCAAGUCUCAACUGAUCCCGAACAUUGCUUUGAUUUGGCACUUAAAAUUGGAGACUUGACCAAAGCACUUGCACUUGCCCGAGAAUCUGACAGUCCACAGAAAUGGUCGCAACUUGCAGAAAUUGCUACGAGUCAAAAUAAAAUGGAACUUGUGAAGGAAUGUCUUGUGAAAGCAAAUGAUUUGGGUGGAUUAAUGCUGUUGGCAUCAAGUUCUGGCGAUGAAGAAAUGAUGAAUAAUUUGAAAGAAAGUUCGUUAGCGCAAGGAAAGUUCAACGUUGCUUUCAUCUCAAUGAUGUUGUUGGGAAAACUUGAUGAAUGUCUUGAUGUUCUUAUUGAAACUAAUCGCAUACCAGAAGCGGCUUUAUUUGCCAGAACUUAUCUACCAAGUAAAGUUUCACAUGUGUUAAGCUUGUGGAAAACAGAGUUGGGAAAAAUCAACGAGAAAGCUGGUCAAAGUCUCGCCGAUCCCGAACAAUAUGAAAAUCUUUUUCCAGGUUUUCAAGAUGCAAUUAAAACUCAACAGUUUUUGGCACAAAAGGAACCGGAAUUGUUACCAGCUCAAUACGCCAUGAAAAUUCCAAUGAACAUUGAUCGUAAUGCUGUUGAAGAAAUGAAUCAAAAUGAGAGUCAGGGAAGUUUCCAGUAUUCGAAAAUGGAUAAACCACAAAAUGGUGUUGAAAAUAGUGAAGAAUUAUCAGAGAAGAUUCAAUUAAUUUCAUUAAACGAACCACCACCUCCAGUCGCAAGCAGUUCAGAACCGUCAAAAGUGAGAAAAAAUUCAUUAGAUGAGUUCGACUUUGACGAAGAUCUUGAUGAGAACAUCGACACAUCAGACGUUUAUCUUGACGACGAAGAGAUUCUGAGUGAUGUCUCAAAUGGAAAUUGAGACAAAAAAAUAACUUAAAGUGAAUGAAAUCAGAUAAUUUUAUUAAUCGUUAAGUGAAUUCCAAUCAUUUUUAUUUUAUUUUGUAUCUAAUCCAAUUAUUCUUCUUGUGCAAAGACUUUGUGGUUUUAAUUGAAAAUCUUCAUUGACUUGAAGUUAUUUCUCUCUUCUGCUUAACAGAUUAUCAAGCCACAGAUAAAAACAUCAUUUUUCCUUCUCUUUUUUUCGUAGAAAAUAAAACUU